GAAUCUAAGAGAGGGGGCAGAAUAGAGUGUGGGAAGGAGUAUCUAACAGGAACUUUGCUCUGCUCUCUGGUGGCAUAACCAUUUGGUUCGGUUUGGUUUGGUUCGAUCCCUUUCGAUUUCGAUGUCGGCGUCGAAAACCUUCUCUUCCUAACCAAUCUCUUUUCAAUUCCGAUCUGUGGCGAUGGCAGCAGCACCCGCUCGAGCUCGCGCCGAUUACGAUUACCUCAUCAAACUUCUUCUCAUCGGCGACAGUGGUGUGGGGAAGAGUUGUCUUCUCUUGAGAUUUUCUGAUGGUUCAUUCACAACCAGUUUUAUCACCACUAUUGGCAUUGAUUUUAAGAUAAGAACCAUUGAACUUGAUGCCAAACGCAUUAAGUUACAAAUCUGGGAUACUGCUGGUCAGGAGCGAUUUCGAACUAUUACCACUGCUUAUUACCGUGGAGCCAUGGGUAUCUUGCUUGUUUAUGAUGUUACUGAUGAAGCAUCUUUCAAUAAUAUUAGGAAUUGGAUUCGGAAUAUUGAACAACAUGCUUCUGACAAUGUAAACAAGAUACUUGUGGGCAACAAGGCUGAUAUGGAUGAAAGUAAAAGGGCUGUGCCUACGUCCAAAGGUCAAGCACUUGCUGAUGAGUAUGGAAUCAAGUUCUUCGAAACUAGUGCAAAAACCAACAUGAACGUGGAAGAGGUUUUCUUUUCAAUAGCAAGAGAUAUCAAGCAAAGGCUUGCAGAUACAGAUUCAAAAGCUGAGCCCCAGACUAUCAAGAUUAACCAAUCAGACCAGGCAGCCGGUGGUGGUCAACCUGCACAAAAAUCAGCUUGCUGCGGUUCAUGAAAAGAAUGAGUGUCUGCAGCAAAGAGGGUGCAGGUCUGAUGACAUUAUAAGUGGGAGCGUGCAUUUGUCCCUCUGUAUCUGCCAAGUGCAGAUGUCGUGUUUUAAAGUUAAUAUUUUUAAUUUUUUGCUCAUUUUAGUUGCUGGAAUUUGUCGUGACUAGUUAUUUGGUUCACUUUCCUCUUUCAUCUGUAGUCUGGCUCUUAAAAGGGUAUCAUCUUGAUUAGAAUCGGAUAUAUUAUCACAAGUUCACCACACUUUGAUCUAGAGACAAAAUGUUUUUUGUUGGCUUAGGAAUAUAGAGACAAAAGUAAGAAUGUGUUUU